CCGGGGCGGGGCGGGCGGUGAUGCCCUUGUUUAUUUUUACCCGGGCGGUUCAUCCUCCUCGGCAGCCCCAGCGCGGCCCCCUCUGCCGCUCCCCGCCCCAGCUCCGACGGCGGCGCCGCCUAUAAAGCGCCGCCCGCGGGGAGCCGAGGAUGCAGCUCUACAGCUCCGUGAUCACCCACUACCCGGCGGCCGCCACCGCAGCAGCCGCCGCGGCCUCGCCGAGCUCCGCCGCCGUCUUCAAGGUCUCCUUGUCGCCGGGACCCUCCGCCGCGGAGGCACCGAGCGCCGCCGACGCCGCGGGCCCGAACGCGGCCGCCGAGAGCUCCGGCAAGGAAAGCUUCGUUCCCGCGGGGGGCAGCAGCAGCAGCAGCGCCGCCGCCAUGCCCGCCUUCUCGUCCUGCCUGGAGGUGAUGCCGAGCGGCCCCGCGGCGGGCCCGGCCGGGCGGCCGGCGGGCGGCCCGCAGUUCAGCUCCUGCGCGCAGGUCACCGUCAGCCGCCGGCGGCCGCUGGAGCGCAUCGUGCCCAUCCGCAUCGUGCAGCGCGCCGAAGCCGCCGGAGAGCUGGUGCCGGGCUCGCCGCGCAGCCGCGCCUGGCUGGAGGGCAUCCUGGAGAGCGUGCGGCAGGCCGGGGGCGACGGCGAGGCCGCCGCCGAGGAGCCCAGCAACCGCAGCCUGCGGCUCAGCGAGCACUGCCAGGCGCUGCAGGCGGCGGCCGCCGGAGCCCAGCCCGGGCUGGUCCCCGGCUGCGGCCCCGCGGAGCGGAGCGGGGGCCCCGCGCAGCCCGGCGGCCCCGCCGCGCACGGCGAGGAGGAGGAGACGGCGGCGGGGCCCGACGUGCGGCGGGGGCCCGGCGGCAGAACGGAGCGCAGCGAGAAGCUGGCGCUGUACCUGGCCGAGGUGGAGAAGCAGGACAAGUACCUGCGGCAGAAGGGCCGGUUCCGCUUCCACAUCAUCCCCGACGGGAACUGCCUGUACCGCGCCGUCUGCAAGGCGGUGUACGGGGACCAGCGGCUGCACGGCGAGCUCCGCGAGCAGACCGUGCACUACAUCGCCGACCACCUGGACCACUUCAACCCCAUCAUCGAGGGCGACGUGGGAGAGUUCCUCAUCGGUGCCGCCCAGGACGGGGCCUGGGCCGGCUACCCGGAGCUGCUGGCCAUGGGACAGAUGCUGAACGUGAACAUCCACCUGACCACGGGCGGCCGGCCCGAGAGCCCCACCGUUUCCACCAUGGUUCACUACCUGGGGCCCGAGGACCCGACACGGCCCAGUAUCUGGCUGAGCUGGCUUAGCAAUGGGCACUACGAUGCUGUGCUGGACCGCGUGUGCCCCAACCCAGAGUACGAGGCGUGGUGCAGACAGACUCAGGUACAGCGCAGGCGGGAUGAGGAGCUGGCCAAGUCCAUGGCGGUGUCCUUGUCCAAGAUGUACAUAGAGCAGAAUGCCUGCUCGUGAGGGCGCCCGGGCCGGGAGCUUGGCUGCAGGGACUGACAGAGAGGUGUGCUGGCUGUGAUGGUGAUGCCUUAAUCCUUAAUGAAGCAGCAGCACCCCCGACGGAGAAAGACUGUAGGUUGCGGGGGAUAAAUACAGACGUAGUUGUAAUAUUCUGUUGUAAAAACUUAGCCUCGGGUUCUUUGCAAGCAGAUUUUCUCUGUGUAUGUUUGUGUCUCCCCUCCUCACUGUCUAUUUUCUAUAAGAAUGUAUUUUUUGCACACUAUUUUUAAACUGUUACCUCCAUCUUCUACAUCUUACAUUAGUAUCUGGCUUUCAGCUGUACAGCCAAAAACGUUUGUAAACAGUUUUUGUAAAUAAGGCUUAUGAUGUAACAGCUAUUUUUUGCUGUGUUUUUUACCCAUAAACCUUAUAUUUUUACCAAAUGAAGUUGAUGUCAAACUGACCCCCCUAGUUGAUGAAAGUAUUGUGGGUAUUUUCUUGCAAAAUUAAAAUAAUGGCUUUUGUAAAAGUGUGGCAAAGUGAGAACGGACUGCUUUUAGGAACAGUUGCUUUCUCUGCCUGGAGCACAGAACAGGUCCUUUGAGCCAGUUGGAAUGCAGCUACACGUGAACAGAGCAGGGAGCAAUUGACUCUUCUGUUUUUAAUUACUGUUUUGAGUAAACUGGCCUCCUGUUGCCUGGUUGGCUCACUCUCUGCUCCAUUUAUAUUAUUUAUCUAUAAUAACAGAACAUUAACUUGCAAUAGAAUGUUGUGACUAGAUAAUAGUCUCCUGCUUUGGCAGUAAUUGCCUUGGCUGCACCUCGGUGUUUGUGUUCUUGUUUCUGGGGUUAUGGUGUCUUUCGUAUAAGCCCUGCUUCUUUUUUGGCACUGGUGUUUCACCAACAAGUCGUUAUCUGAUCACAACAUUUUAUUCACGUGACUUUAUUUUCUAAUCAAGAAAUCAGGAAUGGUUUAUGGUUUAAAAGAAAAAUAUAGUUAAAUUGAGGUUUGUAUGGUUUGCUGGGUCAAACAUUUAAAUGUCUCCAAUCUGGAUUCUGUCUCUUCUACUUUCUGAUUAACUUGUUAGAUAUAUUUAUUAAGUAAUGCAGUUUGUACUUUUUUAUUUUGUAAUAUAUUGUGAUUUUGGAAUUUAUACUGUAUUUGUAUAAUAGGAAUAUUCACAGCUAAAAUGGAAUGAAUAAAGAAUAUAAUUUUA